UUUGUAUCUAGUUUAUUAUAUUAAACUUUUAAAGCUUAGAUAUAUUUGAUCAAUCCAAAAUAUUGUUACAAAGCAUCAUUAAAAGAACUCAUAAAUGUUGUAUUUUAAAAAUCCAAUGGCUUCUUUAUUUAUUAGAUCUUGACCUUUAAUCAAUAAGCAUUUUAGGGAUGCACAAAAGCAUAUAAAAAUGAAGCAGGGCGGUUUAGGUAUUGACAAAACGAUGACACUAUUUGUAAAUGCAGAGUACUUAAUGGACGAUAAAAUCCAUCAAAAAAUAUCCCCUGAUGUAGCAGCAACAUUUUUAUAUGAAUCCCCCUCUCCAUUUUGUGUACGGAUUUCAUUUAGAACGAAACAUACAUUGAAUUUCCAUCCGAAAAUACGGUACUCCGAUGGUCCUGUUAAGUGUUUUAUUGUUCAUUCGCUCAGUUCUAUUGAUUCUGCUCUUCUCAGUCAUUAUCUUCAAUCAAAUCAUAAUUUUAUACCAAAACACUCUACUGCAACCUCUAGAAUAACUAAUUGUGCAUACCAAACACCCUAAUCUACUUGCACUAUUUCAUAUGUCAAUCAGUUACAAGUAUUAUAUUUUGUGAGAGGGAUGACGUAUAAAUCUGCACACAAUACCAGCUUCUUUCAUUUAGUAUGGCGCGCGCUGAACGUUUAAUGAAGCCACUGCGUUUGUCUCUUGGAAUAUUUGGAAUAUGCCAUAGACGACAGAAAAGUGAGGUUAACCCCGCUAUAGAUGAUCCAGCCAAGAAAACAUCUAUAAUUGUAAAGCGUUCAACGGAAAACUUUCUUCGGUUCUACUGUGUCUUUGUGUGCACUCUGCUGAGUUUGAAUGUAUUGAGGUAUCUUCCAUCUUUCUGGGUAGGAAUAGAUUUUAUUCCAAACCUGACAGCACUACGAAUAAUCACUCUGUUAUUCUACCUGCAAAACGCAAUCGUCAGCAUUGUUUUGUUUAUCUUUUAUGAUAACAGAAAUCAUUUUGAAAGCUAUGUGAAGCAGUAUAUCGAUGCUGUGGAGGACCAAAUUUCAAAGAGUCUGAUGUUAAACCCAAAGAGUGAUAGGAUCAGAAAAUGUGGGGCAAGGAAUCUCGCUAUAGGUUGGACAUAUUUUACUAUUAACGCAAGUUUGACGAUUUUUGCAAUCAACUCAAAUUUCUCCCCAGUGAUACCUGGGCUCGCAUGCAACCCUUUCCCCAACACAUCUCUCUCAGUCAGAGUUUUGGCAAGUUUUGUACAGAUUAUAUCAUCAGGUGUGUCCAUUUUCCCCGUUGUCAUGUUUUGCACGCUCGUAAGCGCCAUUGAGUUCCUAUAUGAUGAUCUUUAUGACGUAAUGAAACAGACGAAGAUAGAACACAGCUCAUGUAGAUUGGAUAUUGUCAAGAAUAUUCGAAAGAAGCACUUGCAGUUGUGCAAAAUGGUUGAAACCGUUGACCAGAGUCUACAAUUUUAUGUGGCUGCUGUUUUUGUCAUAAACUUGGGAAUUGCUUGUUUCACGACCUACGAAAUGAUUAACAAGUCCGUUCAUAGCACCGAUCUAGCAGACAUUUCCAUUUUAUCUUUCUGGCUCGCAUGCACCAUAUUGACUAUGCUUAUCAUCACAAAGAAAGCAGCCACGUUGCACGAAAAGGCACAUGGGCUUUCUAAAGAGAUCUUUAAUAUCGAUGUUCAUGAUACCAAUAUUGAUGACAUGAUAGAGUUGAACCUGUUGAUGACCAAACUUCACGGUCCGUCUAUUGGUCUGUCAGUACUCGGUAUUAUCACCAUCACCAAGGAAAUGAUUCUUACGCUUGCUGGAUUGUACCUGACAUAUUUUUUUCUGCUACUUCAAUUCCGAAUCUAGAGAGUUCAAAAGUUCCUUCCAAAAUAAACAAAUGGAUUUGUCUAUGUCAAAUCAGAAUUUGAUGUUUUUUGGGCGAUGAUAUAUACCAAAAUUGUGUAUACUGCACCUUUGAACUGACUUAAGGUGUACUGAAUCUUUGAGAUAACCACAAAACAAUUUACUCAUUCAUUAUAUCAUAGUGUGUUUUUUUUUAACAUGGUAAUCAUCAUUCAGUUAAAGCUUUACGUUUUGUUUAAAUUUAUGUUGGUUAUAAAUUACAUGUAAAAAAAAAAUAAUACGAAGAAAAAAUGAGAUAAGGAUGAGAUAUAAUGAAUAGUACAAUGUUUCUUUUUUAAUAUCCUUUUUGAUGCAAUCAAUUCAAUUUUAUAACAGAAAUGACAAUUCAUUAUGAAGAAAUGUUGUUCAUUUUUAUAAACCAUUUCUUUCUGAUCUAGCAUUAUAACAUCUUACACCGUCACUUUGUAAACAGGUUUUAUAUUCCUGUUCUGUAAGGUAGACAUCAUAUCUUUCUGACACCAAUACUGUUAUAUAUUUUAUCCGAGUUAAAUUCAAACUUUGUAUUUCGUUUUUAUGAAUUUUUGAGAUGGUUGACAGACUGUUAUUUUCAUUUUUUCAUUCAAUAUCUUCGUUAGCGGCGCAAUCAUGCAUUUCCAUAUUUACAAACAUCAUUAGCAAACAAUCAAAAUAAUGCAUUACCAAUAAAUUAAUGACAUAAAUUUAAUGGUUUUGUUUGAAAUUUGGUCUAUUGGUUUACGAAAAUGCAAUUUAAAACUCAUAUUGAUUAUGAACGACUGUAUUUUGUAAGAGAGGAUCACCAGUCAGCAGAGGGUGCGGCUGAUCAUACUUCUAAUUUUUGUAGAGGUUUGUGUUUGCUCUGUUCCUGUUUUGUAUUUUCCUUUGAACUUUUGAUUUUAUAUAUUGUUCGUUAUCAACACAUUUCAUUGUCGAUGUUUGUCAUGUUUACUUUGUAAUCGCUAUGCAAUAAUGUAUUUUUAAACGACAUUUAGAUGAUAACCCUCUCUAAGUAUUAUUUGCCGACUCGAAUGCCUAAUGGCAUUUCAAUAGCGGAGUCACGUUGCUAAUGUAUCACUAUUGGAAUUAG